AUGGACUCUUCGGACCGCUUCCGCCAGCCCGGACUGCAGCAGUACCAGUCGCUGAGCCAGAGCUACCAGAGCCAGCAGAACCAGCUCCCCACGCUGCCACCUCUCCAGCACAAUGGCAGCCAGUUUCCUUCCAUGUACGGUCACAACAGCAACCCACAGACGCCCCAGCCACACACGCCUGUGACGUCUGGCUCGAGUACCACGAUCCCCUCGCUGCAACACCCACCGCUCCGGCCUAUCCAGCCGUCGCCCUCCUCGUAUCUGCCUAUGACGUCGGCGUACUCACAGGCGCCGCUGCUUCCCACGGCGGCAGCCCACGCCAACGGUCACCAGCUCGGUCACCCGUCAGGCAUGGGUCUGUCCCACGCUUCACUAUACCCUCACCCCCCUGUUCUCGCCAACCAGGAGCCCGAGCCGGUGCAUGUCGUCGGCCAACAGGGUCGUCGCGGCGUCCUGCCCACGCACCCUGGUCGGCCAGCUCCUGCUGUAGGCAAGACACCCACCACAGCUACCAAGAACGCCGAGGGCAAAUAUGAAUGUCCCCACUGUAACAAAACAUAUCUGCACCUGAAGCACCUGAAGCGCCAUCUUCUGCGACACACGGGUGAGCGACCGUAUCAAUGCCAUCUUUGCAAAGACACGUUCAGCCGAAGCGAUAUCCUGAAGCGUCACUUCCAAAAGUGUUCCAUACGAAGGGGUAACCCGACUGGAGCAAACCAUCUACAGCAUGCGCAGGUGCAUCUGCAGAAGAACAGGCCCCCAAGUGGCGCAGAGACCAACUCGUACCUGAACCACAUUGGCGGCACUUCUAUGCCAUACCCUGCUCCGGCAAACUACGCUCUUGGUAUGGCGCAGAUGCCUACUGUGGGAGCUGACCAGUUCGGCAACGAACUGCCUUCCAUGGCCAAUCAUCAGUCCCACCAAUCGAUGUCUGCGCGGACUUCGCGCUCGAACAGCUUGAUCCGCCCUGGUAGUGGCAUGGACGAGAACCGAAGGAGCAUAUCUGGAAUGGACUUUGCAAGCUCAAGGGUGAACUUCAACGACUUCCGACCAAACGGCGUCCCCAAUGGGUACGCACCGCAGCAGGAUCAGAAUGGUCCAGGCGCUACGAACCACUACAGCUACGAUCAAGGCGCUGCAAAUUCCGCUAUGGCGCAAAACGGCAUGCCGAUCAAAUCGGAGGGUGCUGAUACGGCUUCCUAUGGCGACUCGAACUUGCCCAACGUGGAUGGAAUCUCUAAUGGCCAGGACAACUCAUUGUGGCGGAAUGGAGCGUUCAACGGAGAUUCGAACUUUAUGAAUAACAGUACGGCAGAUGAUACACCAAAUGAUACCUUGUUCGCGCUGUAUUCGAACACUUCCGGCUUCGUCGACACUUCCCCAAUAUCUAAUAACUGGUUGCUCGGCCAAUCUUCACCUGAUCCCCUGCAACACAAAGCCGAGGCGCUUGUGACAUUCUGCUUCCCUAACGCGCCCAUGAUUACUCCCGGAUCGAACGAGGCUUUUGCUUGCGAAGCGCUCAAAAACAUCAUUACUGGAGACAACAUGAAAACCUUUCUGCACCAAUACAAGCACUUCCAUUCCCACUGGCCACUCAUUCACACUCCGACAUUCGAUCCCCUUUCUGCGAACGACGGACUUGUUUUAUCUAUGUGCUGCGUCGGCGCUGUUUAUUCCAAUAGGCUAGGCCCCAAGGAGGUCCGUUGGCUGAUGGAGCUCGUCCGCUCGUCUGUUUUAAGAACAUCGCAAGUCUACAAGCUGGUUACUCAAAAUCAAAUCGUCGAUUCCAACCGUUUCUCACCAAGCGACAUCGAAGAGCUCCAGGCGCUCUCACUUCUUACCAGUCUCUUUUUGUGGCACGGCGAUCAAAGGCAGCGACAAAAGGGCCGGGAAGAGUUUUGGGCUCUCGCGAACAUUGCACGACGUACCGGUCUGCUGCAGCCUCUUCCUCUAGAAAACCCUCAAUCUAGCGCCUUCCACCAGCCCGGUCCUAUCACUGCAGAGGGUGUUAACUCUUGGAAUUGGAUGUCUUGGGUUGACAACGAGAAACGGGCGAGGGUCAUGUCAUACAUCUUCCUUAUUGACGCUUGCUCUGUCAUCUUCUUCAACGAGCAACCACAAUUCGAUGUCAACGAAAUCAAGUCCACGCUACCUGCUGACGACGCAGCCUGGGAUGCCAAGUCUGAGGAAGAGUGUGCGGGCGCUCUCGGCCUGAGAGGAGAAGCAGCGCAGGCAAUGAAUGCAUCAGGAAGCAGACGACCAAAGCAGAUGGGCAUGGCGGAGGCUCUGGAAUUCAUGUUUGUGGGUGGACGUGGACGGUUCCCUGACCGCGGGACCAAUGUGUUCGGAAAGUUCAUCCUCAUACAUGCCAUCCAUGUUCAAAUCUACAACGUCCAGCGCCAGAUUCUGCAGCGAGUCUGUUCAAGCGGUACAAGCACACCUAAAUCUCAGGGUGACGGCCCUGCUACUCCACCAAGCGGCAUCAACGAGAAAGUUCAGCUAUUGCUUCGACAGACUGUUACCGCUCUUGAACUAUGGAAGACCUGCUGGGACAUCGAUCUUGCGCUUCAGUUCCCUCAAAACGAGCGUCGAUUAGGUUUCUGCAGAGACGGUGUUCAUUUCUACUUCCUUGCCCGCGUUUUUCUCCGGAAUUCAAGACGGGAAGAGUGGGCAGCACCUGCAGAUCUCCGUUGCCGGCAUGUCUUCAAUUUCCUGAAGCAGAUCAGAGCCCAUGUUGCUUCUGAAUCCGCGCAGAAAGGCAUUGAUCUUGGAUCGGUCACUACCAUUGCCGACGAUUACGGGAUAGCCGACCUUACGCUUGACAUGAAGUACUUGUUCACGCCUCUCCAGGACCCUUGA